AAUAGAACUCAGAUGGCAGCAUGUGAUUGCUCACUCACCCCUGUCCCAAAGAUCCAGCACCAUCAGGACCCGGUAGCAGCUGCUACUAAAAAUAGAAGGAAAGAAGAGGCAGCCCCACAGUCUGAGCAACACCACGGAGUUAUACCCUCCAUACUGGUGGGCACCCAGAAGUGUCAUGAAGUCUCUGAGGUUUGCGAGUGCAGAAGCCCUGGUGUCCAAUGCCCAGGUGACCAGGGAGAGUCUGAAAAAUGUGGCCUAUAACCUCUACCCCCUCCUGUUUAAAGCCAGCUAUUUGCUGGAACAAGGAGAAGUGGUUCACGACCUAUUGGAAAAUUGGCCACUAGCAGAAUUCAACCUUGGAAACCUGUUGAGGCCAACAGCAGACUACCCAGAAGACCUCAGCACUCGGGCCUGCAAGAUUUGCCUGGAGGCCUGUCUAGUGGGGCUCAAAGACUAUGUGCUGAAUGACUCCCCAACUUACACCAAAAGGCUGAGAACAGCUGAUCUCACGGGCAUCCAAGAUGUGGAAGUUCAGCUGUGCAAAUGCCAGACAUCUCUGGGAAGGUGGGGCCGGACGGGCCUCCUAGCCAGACUCUGCUUUGAUCUGCUGGUAGAGCUGCAGAGGAGACCAUUCAACCCGAGCAUCUUGGAUACCAGCAUCAAUGUCUUCAUCAACUUCUUUGUCACAGAGGGCAACUAUGAGUGUGCACUGCAAGCCCUGAUGGUGAGAUGCCACUCCCCACUGAAGGUGCGCUGUGUGGCCUUCCGGGCUGACAGCCUGGGCCUCAAGAAGCUCUUCUAUAUGUUGCGCCUGGUGGAGCCCGACUCUCUGGAGAAGCUGGAGAUUGUCCACAAUGUACACAUGGAGAUGGAGCACCUACAGGUGUUACUCAACCACUUGGACUUCCCCCGGCUGGUCUCACUCACGUUGCCUGCAAGAGCCUUCAAUGUGCGCCGGCUGCAAGGAGAAGAUGAAGCAAUCCUCACUACCAUUGGGGAGAAACUGAGCCAGAUGUCCCAGCUCAGGGAGCUAAGCCUGGCCUUUUCCAUACUGACGGGGAGAACUCGGAAGCUGCUCAGUCCCUUGAAAACUCCCCUGAGAACUCUGGACCUGUCUAACUGCUCCCUGAACUACGCAGAUAUGGCCUACUUAGCAAACUGCCUCCAUGCCCCUCAUCUGGAGGUGCUCGACCUCAGCGGACACAAUGUGGUCAACCUGUACCCAUCAACCUUCUUCAAACUGCUCAGCCAAGCCUCCUGUACCCUGAAGGUGCUGAUAUUGGAAGAAUGCAACAUUGAGGACAGAAACCUUAACAUGAUGAUUGUGGGCUUGACCCCCUGCCGGAAACUGCAAGUCUUCAAAUUUCUCGGGAACCCACUUUCUUCACAAGCACUGAAAUGCCUGUUCAAUGUUUUUUGUCAACUCCCCAAGAUGAAAUCCAUUGAAUUCCCAGUGCCAAGGGACUGCUAUCCAGAUGGUGUCAACUACCCAUUGGAUGAUGCCACGCUCUCCAAAUUUGAUCACCAGAAAUAUGAGAAGAUUACAGAAGAACUUCAUACAAUCCUACUUCAGGCCAAUCGGGAAGAUAUCAAGGCUUCUACACCUCUCUUUGGAAGCUAUGACCCAGACAUUCAAGAAACAAGCAAUGAGCUUGGAGCCUUCUUGCUUCAAUCUUUCAGAGAUGCCCUAGAAAACUUUACCACAGCACUAAAAAAAAUGAAUUAAGUGCCUUAAAAGAAGUUCAUGAAACUAAAUCACAGUGAGAAGCUCUUGCAUCAACUUUCCUUGUCCUUCUGGAGAUCACUCCUGGGUUGGGGAUGGAACCAAGAUGAAGUAUCAUUAUCAUUAUCAUGACCACCAGCAUCAUUACCACUACCAUCAUCAUUAAGCAUUCAUUACAUGCCUGUUUAUGCAUGGCACUGGGCUAGGUACCAUAUAAAGCAGAAUACCUAGUACUGUUCCUGCCCUCUUGGAGUUCACACUCAAAAUACACCUGAAUGCUAUUUUUUUACUCUUCAUAGUUGGUUCUGAGAGUCUGGGUUGAAGUUAACAGGAAGAAUGGAAAAUCCCUGAGAUCUUCAGAGAAGCUGCUUUGCGCAGUCCAGCAUAUUCUGAAGAAAAGAUGUUAUAAUCAGGCAAUCUGCUCUGGAGGACUGCUACAGACAAAGCAAACUUCCUUGGUGCUGGGUGUGGGAAAAGACCACACCAUAGAAAUGGGGAAAGGCAGUAGGUGAUUGGAGGGGGUGGCGAUUGUAGCAGACACCAAGUCAACAGAGGUGUAAUGAGAUAGGGUGAGAAGGAAAUCGGCGAUAAAAAAUUAAGGAGACAGAGAUACAAGAAAAUACAAGGAGUAAGUGAGUUAGUCACUAAGCUAAUGAACUUAACUAAGGAAUAGAAAGAAGAAAGAUGAGAAAAGCAAACCAGACUUUCAUUCUUAGCAACAAAUUCUCUAUAGAACUGGUUCUCAAGAUACGAUCUAUAGAUGGUUUGCAAGUCCUCCAAAUGGUUCGCAAGUAUGUUUUUUGCAGCACUCAUGCAGUACUUUUGCAGUACAAUAUGACAGUGUUUAUACUUUUAUUUCUAAACUGAAUUAAUAAUCUACUAAUUCUGUCCCUCAUUGUUCUCUUAAAACACAGUGGUGGGGUUUUGCUUGUUUGUUUGGUUUGGUUUUGCAGUGAUUAGAAGCAGGAAUGGAGUCAGUAGUCCAAAGAGAAGCCAGAAUAAGGUAGAAUUCAAAUCAAUUUAAGGAAAAACUGCUCUACCAUUAGAAUCUUCUAAUACUGGAACAGGCACCUUGUUUGGGAGAGAUGGGAUGAUAACAGGUUCCCACUCACGGAAAGUCUUCAAGUAUAUAUUACCAUUUCUCAGGGAUGUUGGGAUUCAUGGUCAAGAACAAGUUGGACUACACGGCCUCUAAGAUCCCUGCACCUCUGAGAUUCCAUAAUUCUGACUGAUACUUCUUCGUUCCAACACUCAUAAUUAGCCAAGGGAUCCAAAACCAAUGUUUGAGGACCAUACCUUAAAGUUUGGUACCUUCCCUGAGUUUUAGUCCUUCAGAAAAUCCCUUUCAUCUGAGCAUUUCUAGGAUUCAUUUGAGAAGCCCUAAACUCUAGAGCAGUUGGUUCCAAUCAGGGGGACUACAUCAGUUUCAAGUAGACCCAACCCAUUCACCACUACCAUGCAUCACCACCACCACCACCAGUUCUUCAUUCAAUUAUUUGUUGCAGUUGCUUAGAUUUUCCAGUAUUUUCUGCAUAUGAAGAACAGUAUACUGAGGACAAGAAUAAUAUACCAGUGUGUCCAUGGUAUAUUAUUUAGAUCACGUGAACUUAAGAGGGAAGAGAUAUGGUCAUCACAGGUAACAAAAUAAAAGGCCUAUUCCCAUGAACUCAUCUCACAAGGAUUCGGUUUGUAUCAAGGUCUGAGUGACAAAAAAAUAACCUGCCUGGAAAUAAACCAUAAGUGUGCUCUGA